AUGACGAGUAGGAAAAGGAAAUUAUCGAUUCUUUCUAAAAUCUAUUUGAUCUUCAUUUGGCCAAUAAAACUAAUAUACAUAACUGCUUUUAUUUUUGGAGCUUUUAAUGUCUCGGGCGAAAAAGUAUUGAGGGACGGCACAGUGAACGUAGUGGUGUUGUUAGAAAUAACUGUGCUAACAAUUUAUCUGCAUUGUCGUAAAAAACUGUUACGUAGGCUAAUUGAAAAGUUAAAUUAUCUCAUCGAAGGCAAUGAAAGCAUACAAGACAUCAUAGUUAAUAUAGUGAAACCGAUAGAGAAGCCGCUGACAAUUUAUACAAUUGGUAAUAUUACUGCAGUUGUUAUUUGGGCAACGUUACCAUUUCUUGAAAUACUUCGGAAAAACGAGUUCUAUUAUUCCGAUUAUCGGAUGCCAAAUGUUAUAUCCAAGGAACCCUUUUCAGUCAAUAUUUUUAUUGCCGGUAUUAUCCUGCAGAUAAUCGGUGCUAUACAUACAAUAGUGAGAAAAAUUAGCUUGGACCUCUACACGAUACACUUCAUUUUUUUAAUGACGGCUCAAUAUAAAUAUCUCAGAAUCAAAUUCGCAACGGUAUUUGAAAAGGAAACCGAAGCUUCGGAGAGUUCGUGCAACAAUAUUGUCAAAUGGUCUGAAAAUGAAAGGAUUAUCAAACAGGAAAUGAGAUUGUUAACUCGCCAUUAUGAAACCGUAGUUGAGAUGGCUGUCAUGUUGAAGAAAUUGCUUUUCCCAAACAUCGCAAUUCUUUAUAUAAACAACGUUUUCCGGUUCUGCUUUAUAAGUUUAAUGUUCGUAAUGAGUAUUGGACAAUUUACUGAAAAAUGUUUGAUUGUAUUGUACGCGGUUGGUGCAUUGAUACAGUUUUAUAUAUUGUGCUACGCUAUUCAAGAAUUAACCGAAGCCGUAAGGUUCUUAUUCUUAUAA